AUGCAGAUCUUUGUUAAAACGCUCUAUUGCAAAACCAUCACUCUUGAUGUUCGGAGUUCAGAUACUAUCGACAAUGUCAAGGUUCAGAUUCAUGAAAAAGAGGGAAUCGCUGUAGAAGAGCAACGCCUCAUGUUUGAUGGCACGCAUCUGGAGGAUGGACGCACCUUGGCCGACUACGACAUCCAAAAGGAGUCUACCCUUUAUCUUGCCCCCCAUCUUGAUGGAGGGAUCGAGAUUUCCGUGGAGACCCUCAAUGGAAACAUGAUCAACCUCAAGGUGGAUUCAUCUGAUACCAUCCAUGAUGUCAAGUCGACAAUUAAAGAUGAGUAUAGCAUUCACCCGGCCCAGCAGAGCCUCUUCUUUAACAGCUGGAAGGAGCUCGAGGGCGGCCGUACUCUGGCCUAUUAUGACAUCCGGAAUGGAUCCAAUCUCGACCUCGUCCUGUGCCUCCGACCUGGGCUGAUGCAGAUCUUCAUCCAGCAACUUACAGGAAAGACUUUUGUGCUUAAGGUUGAGAGCUCCGAUACCAUUCACGAUGUCAAGGAGAAGAUUCACCAGGUGGAGGGCAUACCUGUAAGACUCCAACGGCUCCUCUUUACUGCGAGGGACAAGCAGGGUAGGCCGACUACACAUCAGAAGGACAUGCAAGAUAGGCUCACUCUUGCGGACUGCAAGAUCAAGGAUAACUCCACCCUUAAGCUUGUCCUCCGCCUCCUGUCGUGUAUGGAGAUCUUUGUCAAGACACUCACGGGCAAGACCAUCACCCUUGAAGUUGAGAGCUCCGAUACCAUCAAGACUGUCAAGGCUAAGAUUCAUGCCAAGAGGAGAUUCCCUCUAGACCAGCAAGACCUCACAUUUGCUGGCAAGCAGCUCGAGGAUGGACGCACCCUGGCUGACUACGAUAUCCAAAAGGAGAGUACCCUUCAUCUUGCACCCCGUUCCGGCAUAGAGAUGUCAAUUUUUGUGGAGACGCUCGAUGGCAAAGAGAUGCACCUCAGGGUCAAUCCAUCAGAUACCAUCCAUGCUGUCAAGGCACGGAUUCAGGAUCGCAAUCGCCUUAUACUGGACGGGGAGCAACUGGAGGACGACAGUACAUUGGCUGAUUAUAGCAUCCAGGAGCAUUCCACUCUUAAGCUUCGUCCCGGCCUCCAAGAGAAGAUGAAAAUUUUCAUCAAGGCACUGAAUAGUCCUUUCUUUGUAUAUGGCUCGAAUACUAUCAACAACGUGAAGGCGAUGAUCAAAGAUUUGUAUGGCAUUGAUCCAGACAAGCAGCGCCUCAUGUUUAAUGACAAAGAGCUGGAGGGUGGUCGCACUUUUGCCUAUUACGACAUUCGGAAUGGAUCCACUCUUGACCUUGUCCUCUGCGAGCGAUCUGGAUUGAUGGAAAUCUACAUCAAGAGUUGGAGUGGGCAGACCAUUGUGCUUAAGGUUGCGAGCUCAGAUACCGUCCGCAGUCUCAAGGAGAAGAUUGAACAGGCAGAGGGCAUUCCAAUUGCAGUCCAGCGCGUCAUCUUUGCUGGGAAGCAGCUCGAUGAUGGCAGACUGGCGGACUACAGCGUCAGGAAAGAGUCAACCCUUCAUCUUGUUUUCCGCGUUCGCGGAAGGAUGGAGAUUUCUGUGGAGGCCCUCAACGGAAACAUCAUCACCCUCCAGGUGGAUCCAUCUGAUACCAUCCAUGCCGUCAAGGCAAAGAUUCAGGAUCAUCAUUGCCUUAUCUUUGGCCGGAAACAACUUGAGGACAGCUCUACUUUGGCUGAUUAUGGCAUCCAGGAUGGCUCCACUCUUAAACUUCUUCCGCGCCCCCAAGAAAGGAUGGGAAUUCACAUCAGCCCACUGGGAGAUUAUUUCUAUGUUAAGAGCUCAGAUACUAUUGACACUCUCAAGGCAAAGAUUCAAUAUGAGUAUGCCAUUCACCCGGACCAGCAGCACCUCACCUUUAACCAGAACAUGCUGGAGGGAGGCCGUACGUUGGCCUACUAUGAUAUUCGGAACGGAUCCACUCUCGACUUUGCCCUCCGGCACCGAUCGGGACUGAUGCAGAUCUUCAUCAAGAAUCUUACAGGAAAGACCUUGGCGCUCAUGGUUGAGAGCUCAGAUACUGUCUAUAGUGUCAAGGAGAAGAUUCAGCAGGUUGAUGGCAUUGACCCUGCAGUCCUGCGCAUCAUCUAUGCCGGGACGCAACUCGAGGAUCACCGGACUCUGGCGGACUACAACAUCGAGAAAGAGUCCACUCUUCAUCUUGCCCUCCGUCUCUUGUCUUGUAGUAAAUGUCCAGGAAAUUGA